UCACAUUUUUUUACAUAACGCAGAGAAAGUUAAGGAUUGCAGGUGUGAUUUGCAAAAAUAUGAAGAGUUAAUUGUAAUUACUUUUAAGUUUUUGAGUAUGUGUAAGUUUUAUACAGAAAUCGGAACUCAACGUGAUUUGCGUUUUUGACUUGUUUGGUGUGCGAAAGUAAAAAUGUGGUUUCUCGGUUGGAAAGGGGCGUCGGGGUUCUCAGCCACUUCCACAGCCGAACAAGUCACUCAAGGGAUUGAUGGAACCGCUCUCACCGCCAUUGUCACAGGAGCAUCAAGUGGUCUUGGCCUGGAGACCACCCGGGUUCUUGCAUCCCGCGGUGUUCAUGUUGUCAUGGCAGUAAGGAAUGUGGACAGUGGUAAUAAUGUCAAAGAAACUGUUCUUGAGGAAACUCCCUCGGCUAAAAUCGAUGUUAUGGAGUUAGAUCUAAGCUCUUUGGCAUCGGUGAGGAAAUUUGCAGCAGAUUUUAAGUCAUCUGGUCUUUCACUCAAUAUUCUAAUUAACAAUGCAGGGGUGAUGGCAACUCCAUUCAUGCUUUCCCAAGACAAUAUUGAAUUGCAGUUUGCGACCAAUCAUUUAGGUCAUUUUCUCUUGACAAACCUUUUAUUAGAAACAAUGAAAAAAACAGUACGAGAAUGCAAACAGGAAGGAAGGAUAGUUAUUCUAUCAUCAGAGGCACACAGAUUUGCAUACCGUGAAGGAAUUUUGUUUGAUAUGAUCAAUGAUGAAUCAGGGUACAACAGUUAUUUCGCUUAUGGACAAUCAAAACUUGCUAACAUUCUGCAUGCAAAGGAGCUUGCAAGGCGCUUGAAGGAAGAAGGAGUGGAAAUAACUGUCAACUCCCUUCAUCCUGGAUCAAUUGUUACAAAUAUUCUGCGAUACCAUGGCUAUGUUAAUGUCCUUGCUAAUAUGGUGGGCAAGUACUUCCUUAAAAAUGUUGAACAGGGAGCUGCAACUCAGUGUUACGUGGCAUUGCAUCCACAAGUGAAGGGAGUAUCUGGUGAAUACUUUAUGGAUUGCAAUAAGGGCGACCCAACCUCUCUGGCUAAAGAUUCAGAGCUGGCAAAAAAACUAUGGGAAUUCAGCUCAAGUCUGACUAAUGCAAAGUAGCUUAAGCUUUGUUUGACUGGACUGAAUUAGAGGAAGCUUCGUUCAAAAUGAAAUUUCAGAGAAUAAGAAAUUUUGUAGUGGCGUAAGCUUAAUCUUGAAGGUUUUAGUUUUAAGUAAAUUACAUCUCAGACUUCCUAAAAAUCAAGCAGUGUACAUACUAUAUCAAACUUGACCAGUUGAAGUACUUCGUUACAUUCAUAUCAAAAUCGGUACUCGGAAGUAUAUGUACUUGGGAUUUAGGAAAUUCUAUCAAUGCAAUCGCUAUAGUAUUACCACA